AUGCAAAGUGAACGACGGUUCCUGGUCGCCAGUCCAGCUGCAUCUAAGCCUUCAGAGUGGCCUGCAGUGGUCAUACGCGAAUUCAUCGAUUCUCUUGAGUCAGGCACAGAGGCUAAUCUCAUAAUUAUUAGAGAUGAUCUUGCUCCUUUGGACUCGGCAUCUAACCAUAUCGUGAUUCACGUUGACGAGGAUUGUGGCUAUGAUGAGACGGAGCAGCCUGGUUCUGUUGCCGACACUGAGAUCAUGCCUACACUAGAGUUCUGGGAGAAUUUAAUCGAUGGAAGCUUUCUUGUGCCAGCAGACGAGGGUGCAACCGUUGACUUGACGUCUAUCCUUACGCUGACCAGAUUGCAGCCCGCGAGGACCCAGAAGAGUCUCAAAUCCUCAGGCAAUCCUCCACAAACUGCCUUCACUUAG